AUGGACCACACUCAUACUCAAAUUCAUAUAGUAGAAGUAACAAGGAAUGCAGUUCACCUUCACCCGCCAAAACCAUUGCCUAGCAUUCCCCGUGAGGAUACAAUCGGUCCACCUCCACCUUCUCCUCCAGCCAGCGUAGACGAGUCACCUGACAAUCUAUCAUCCUUAUUCCCAGUCAGGCUCUCCAAGUCAGACCCACUCCCGAAGGGCAUCGAGGCAGACAUCGAUGUAGAGUUGGAUACAGCCACCAUAAACAGUCGGCGCACACACGACCGCCUUCACCGUGCUUCCACAGAGACAAAAUUUUCUGCCAGAGUCCCUAAAGUCUCCCAGACGAGCAGCUACGCACCAACUGCUAGCACAUCCAAGACCCAGUAUCCAGACGGUCUCCUCCACCCACCCCCUCGUCCUGUACGCCGCAACACGACAGGCUCCGCACGCCGUCCUCAUCCACCUCCAUCUCCAUAUGUCGCAACUGGAGAACUGGAGGAUGACAUCCAGAUCCAAGCAGAGCAGAUUCGCCGUGAAAGGAAGCGAAAGCAGGCUGCCGAAGUUGCCGCAGCAGCUGUCGUCGAAGUGGCUCAGAAAGAGGACGAGCUUCCCUUGGUAGGCAAUUUAAUAGGAGAGGACCAUGCAAACUAUGUCCUUAUGUACAACAUGCUCACGGGCAUCAGGAUAGCUGUCUCACGAUGCCAGGCAAAGAUAAAGCGACCCCUUACCGAACAGGAUUUUACCGCAAGGCACAAAUACUCUUUCGAUAUCGUCGGGAACGAACUCACUCCCUCCGCGAGAUACGACUUCAAAUUCAAAGACUAUGCCCCUUGGGUCUUCCGCGAACUCCGCGAAGACCACUUCUCUCUGGACCCUGCAGACUAUCUCCUCUCCCUCACAUCUAAAUAUAUCCUCUCCGAGCUCACCUCUCCAGGCAAAAGCGGCUCUUUCUUCUACUUCUCCCGCGAUUACCGCUUCAUCAUAAAGACCAUCCGGCACGCGGAACACAAGUUCCUCCUUCGAGUUCUCCCGCAGUACUGGGAGCAUGUCAAAGCGAACCCUCAUACUUUACUGAGCCGGUUUUAUGGACUUCAUCGGGUAAAGCUUCCUAGGGGACAAAAGAUUCAUUUCGUGAUCAUGAACAAUUUGUUCCCGCCUCACAAAGACAUUCACGAAUCUUACGAUCUCAAAGGGAGCACUGUCGGGCGUAUCGUACCACCUGCGAAACUGGAGCAGAAUCCUCGUGCCGUGCAGAAGGAUUUGAACUGGAUCGAUAGUAAUAGGGUGCUGGAGCUUGGUCCGGAGAAGAGGGCCCUUUUAACGGAGCAGUUGAGGAGGGAUAGUGAGAUGUUGAGGGAUCUUGGAGUUAUGGAUUAUAGCUUACUCGUUGGGCUUCAUUGGGGGAAUAGGGGAAAUAGGGAAAAUGUGAGAGGGACCUUACCCUUUCGUGUGCGCAGCCCUCAGUCCCACCCAUCCGGCGCAAAAACCACGCAAACGAAAGACGGGCGGUCCCCUGAAGCGAUAGCUAUGCGCCGAAUCAUGCGCGCAUCUGAUCCGCACCAGUUAGGAACGGCACUUGAUCUCCCGGAUUCGCCUUCUCCGUCAAUGCAAACCGUUGCGCCGUCUACGCCAGUCCACUCCCAGCGCACGCGACCACGUUCUGGUUCGAAGGGUACGAGCAACACAAAUUCGGUUGUGAGCGGGAAUGGGAUUAUGCAACAGGCCCACCCGACAUUCCAAACCCCACCACAUCCAUCUCAUCCUCUCCACCAAUCUCAGCCUCCUCAGCCUCAGCCUCCCCACCCGCACCACCAUCCUCCUUCCUACACACCCUCGCAGCAACCCCACCCCACUCAAGACCGCGAUCACUUUCUGUUCUAUCAAGAUGAAGGAGGCCUUCAAGCGACCGAUGAAAGCAAUGAGGAGAUGGAUGUCAUUUAUUAUUUGGGAAUUAUUGAUAUUUUGACUCCAUAUGGAGGGUUAAAGAAGUGUGAGCAUUUUUGGAAGGGGUUGAGCGCUGAUCGGCACAAAAUUAGCCCCGUCCCGCCUUCCGAAUACGCGGACCGAUUCUUUGGGUUCAUGAAAGCUAUUAUGCGUGGAGGAGAGGGUGGGGCGCGAUUCAAGGCUGAGUAA